AUGGUUUAUACAGAUGUUAAGUUUGCUCCGGACUUUGAGGUUGGUUCAGAUGCUAAGCUUGAUAAAGUAAUCGAAGCUGAAAAACAAGCUGCAAAAGAUUUGCUUCGUGAAAAGAAGAAAGAAAGGGCCUUGUUAGCACUAAAGAAGAAGAAAGUACAAGAAGAUUUAUUGAAACAAGUCGAUGCUUGGCUUGUAAAUGUUGAGCAGCAAUUGGCAGAUAUUGAACUGGCAAGCAAGCAGAAAACUGUGUUUGAGAGUUUAAAAGCAGUCAAUAAUGCAAUGAAGGCAAUCCAAGGUGAAAUUAAUUUGGAUGCUGUUCAAAAACUAAUGGAUGAUACAGACGAAGCCAAAGCAUACCAAGAUGAAAUAAAUGCAAUCUUGGGAGAGAAGUUAUCUGCUGAGGAUGAAGAGGAUGUUUUAGCAAAAUUUGAAAACCUAGAAGCUAAGAUGACAAUUCAAGAUCUUCCAGAAGCUUCUGUUUCCAUACAAGAUGAAGAAAAAUUGGAUCUACCUGAUGUACCAACAAAAGCACCUGAGAUUGUUGCUGAUAAAUCUCAACUUACAAAAGCUGAUAAUUUAUAA